AUGUCUUCCUUUCGCCUGAUUAUCGAGGACGGCCAGUUCCGCGAUGGCCACGGCCGCCAGGUCGUCCUCCGGGGCAUCAACAUCGCCGCCGAUGCCAAGCUCCCCAGCGAACCCGACCAGCCGUCGUAUGUCGGCACCGACUUCUUCGACGGCGACAAUGUCAGCUUCCACCAGCGUCCGUUCCCCAAGGAAGAUGCGCGCAUGCACUUUGCGCGCAUCAAACGAUUUGGCUUCAACACGAUCCGUUACAUCUUUACCUGGGAGGCUAUCGAGGCGGCCGGCCCCGGCAAGUACGACGAAGAGUUCAUCCAACACACGAUCGACAUUCUGCGAAUAGCCAAAGAGUUUGGCUUCUAUAUAUUCAUGGAUCCGCAUCAAGAUGUCUGGUCCCGUUUCACUGGAGGCUCCGGAGCUCCGUUGUGGACUAUCUACGCCUGUGGUCUCAACCCCCAGAGCUUCGCCGCCACCGAGGCGGCCAUCGUUCAGAACACAUAUCCCAACCCCGACGAGUUCCCCAAGAUGAUCUGGUCGACCAACUACUACCGACUCGCGGCCGGCACCAUCUUCACCAUGUACUUUGGCGGAAAGGACUUUGCGCCAAAGUGCAUCAUCGACGGACUCAACAUUCAGGAUUACCUGCAGGGCCAUUUCAUGGCGGCUUGUGGCUAUCUUGGCAGGCGAAUACACGAGGCAGGCGAUCUCGAAAAUGACGUCGUUAUCGGUUGGGAGAGCAUGAACGAGCCAAACCGGGGAAUGAUUGGCUAUGCGGACCUUAAGGUGAUCCCCAAAGAGCACCCUUUGAAGAAGGGAACGUGCCCCACCAUGUGGCAGACUUUCUUGACCGGCAUGGGACGGGCUUGCGAAGUUGAUACAUGGGAGAUGGGUGGGCUGGGUCCCUAUAAGAGUGGAACUCAACUCGUUGAUCCUCACGGCGAGAUUGCUUGGCUACCAGUCGAUUACGAUGACUCAAGGUACGGAUGGAAGCGCGACCCUGGCUGGAAGCUGGGAGAGUGCGUCUGGGCUCAGCAUGGUGUCUGGGACCCCGAGACGGAUACCCUCCUCCGAAAGGAUUAUUUUGCGAAGAACCCAACGACUGGCAAGACCAUUGACUACCCAGAAUUCACCAACACCUACUUUAUGGAGGCAUGGCGCAAAUACGUUCAAAUUUGCCGAGCGUCUCACAAGGACUGCAUCAUGUUGAUGCAGUUUCCCACCCUGGAACUGCCGCCUCAAAUUAAGGGGACUGAAGAUGACGACCCGAACAUGGCGUUUACUCCUCACUACUAUGAUGGUAUCACCCUGAUGACGAAGCACUGGAACAGCACCUGGAAUGUGGACGUCGUCGGUGUGCUGCGUGGAAAAUAUCUCCACCCCGCGCUGGCUAUUCGAAUUGGCGAGACGGCGAUCCGAAACUGUUUGAGAGACCAGCUCAAGACCCUGCGACAGGAGGGCCUCGACCGAAUGGGAAAUCACCCCUGCGUGUUGACCGAAUUUGGAAUUCCAUAUGACAUGGAUGAAAAGAAGGCUUACAAGACGGGCGACUACACGAGCCAGUCUGCCGCGCUGGAUGCAAACUAUUUUGCCUUUGAGGGAUCCGGAAUGGACGGAGCAUGCUUGUGGGUGUAUGCCGCUAGAAAUGACCACGCACGUGGAGAUCAAUGGAACGGCGAAGAUCUUUCAAUCGUCUCACUGGACGACAAGCUACUACCCGAGUCACCCGUUCCGGAUUUCUCCCAAUCCACCACGAAUCUUGCCAAGACGUCUUCAACUACUGCAAGAGACGUGACAGAUGACAGAAGCAUCACGCCAAAUAACCUGAAGAAAACGCUCGAAGCCCCUUCCAUUAGCUCUGAGCCGUCGGCGAAAGACCCAGAGCUGACCAACGCGCCGGGAUAUCGUGCUGCUGAGGCAUACGUCCGACCGACUCCCACCGUCGUUUAUGGCAAUCUCAUAUCGUCUGGCUUCAACCUCAAACAGUGUACAUUUGAACUAAAACUGUCCGCGCCCAAGGCGGCACCAGAGGAGACACCUACGAUCGUAUUCCUCCCCGAGUUCCACUUCCCGAAGGACCAAUGCGAGGUGGUGGUGUCCUCGGGCAAGUGGGAGCUUAGCACAGACGACGAUGAGGGGACGACAGUCCAGAGGCUCAAGUGGUGGCAUUUGGAGGGCGAGCAGACGGCUAAGAUCUCUGGCCUCGUGCGAAAGUACAACGGCCCCGAGGGAUCGGCGGAGGACGCUGGGUACCUGGAACAGUGCCAGCAGGGAUAUGGAUUCAAUUUCGGAAGCAACUGCAGCGUUAUGUAA